AUGGAACGUACUGAAGGAAGACAGGCGCUAUUUCACAUGGAACACUGCAUCAAAGAUACGGUGUGUUUUCUAUCGAAACACAUACUCUUCUUACUCACGAAAAAGGGUUCAGCGAAACAGCCGCAUGAGAUAUUCAAAAGCAAAUGGAAUUAUGUGGCUAUCGCUCUCGUAAUACUCGCAGUUAUCCUUGCCAUUGCAUUAAUGUUGAGUAGGCGACUACAGUCUGCUACUCCAUUUAACGCGAUUAUUGCUGGAUUAGUAAUUAUCCUAUUCAUAUUUGGAAUUGGCUAUUUCUACCAUGUCAGUGAGAGGUUUUAUGCGCUUUACUCUCUCCUCAUUACAUUCGCUGUUGCGAUCAUCGUACUCCUGAUAACAUUCAAUUUGCAAACAAUGCAGUUGGGCGGAUUCAUUUUGUUUUUCACACUGGGGUGUGUAUUCGCCAUAGCGGGAAUCGUUCUGUUGGCUGUCAAAAUUAGAGAUGACGUUUACAGAAUUAUCGGUGGAGUGUGCUUAGUCACUGCUGUAUUCUUCAUUAUGUUUAUCACGGGAUGUGAACUAAAAUUGCAUUUCAAAACAGGCUCUCCAGGCUCUUCUGUGUUGCCUGAAAUUUGGUAUUCGGUGUUCUCAUCUUCGUCGGACUCUAUUGGAAAUAAUAUUGAACAAAGCACAUGUGGAUAG